AUGGGUCGUAACCCGAAGACAUUCAAAAGCGCAGAGUUCAUCGACGACUCUGAUAGCUCGGAUGACGAUGGCAGCGUCCUUGACAUCUCGUCGACAUCUUCCGAUUCCGAUAGCUCAGGGUCAUCGACAGCAUUUGUAUCCGACGCAAGCAUUUUCAAUUUCGAUACUCGAGACAGUAUAGAUCGUGAACUAGAUGCCAUGGCUGCUCCGCCUCCAGCUGUAGAGCCUAUUCCAGUUGCAGAGCCUCUUCAAGCACCUAAAGUCAAGUCAAAAAAGAAAAAAUCUAAGCAACCUCGACCUGCAACUCCCCCUCCCAAUGAGCCAGAGGUUAUACCUGCUCAAGUGGCUCCACUGCGUAUCGAGGCAACAUACAGCAUCACAAUUCUGCCACACAGUGAGCUCAAGAAAAGUGACAUCAAGAAACGUGUCGGCACAGCAACCAUUCUCAGCCUUUAUCUUGAUGAGCCUUUUGACACAUUCAAAGCACAAGUUCUUCGAAAGAUCGAAAAAGAGACCAAUCCAACCAUUUUGUCCUUCGAAAACUACAAGACUUUCUUUACCAUUGUUCACAUCGCUCCGCAGCCAACCUCACUCGCAGAUGAAGAUGAUUAUCAAGAGCUCAUCAAACGUCUGCAGCGAACGAGCACACCUGCUGCCACUAUUUAUAUCCAAGAGCUUUUGGCCGUGAAAAAGCGCAAGGACCGGCCAUCAGACAAGGAGAACAGUAGAGAAACAAAUGAGGAUAACAAUCAUAGCAGCUCAGAAUCGAGUGACGACGGUAAGAAGAGGAGCAAGAAGAAGAAGAAAACAAAGGCACCAAAGGCUGCUGACAUAGACGAAGAGAUGAAACCAAUCAACAAGAACAUCAAGGCAUUAUCAGAUCGGUGGGUUUGCCACAAAAAGCCAGGCUGCUCGAGCGACUACUACUGCUACCUAAACCCUGGCGACAAUGGAUCUCAUGUCCGUCUGACAUUUCCCCUUCUCGAAUGCUGGGCAGCUGCAAUGGAAAAAGGGCCAGAGUAUGCCACUCUUGAGAUGCCUCCUAACCAUUCUUCCUUCAGCAUGAUUUCUUCCGACUCUCUUGGGCAGCCCUCACUUCUUUCCGUCCGCUGCCAACAGCUCGACGAACAAUCCAAGAAAGCCACUCAGGCUGAGGCUGUACCUGUCGCACCCCGCACCAGCACAAGCUAUGCCCCAUCUGGCUCACAACCUGUCCAUCAUGCACUAGCCCCUGCCUUGCUUCCACCUGCUGUAUUACCACCUGCUGUUCCAGCCUCUCUCAGCUCUUUGCUCUCGUCGACGCAACUUGCUUCCCUUGGACCGAGAAUGAACCUAAUGGACUUUUGCUCUGCUUACAAACUUUCACAAAUUCUUCAGUCAAAACUUUCCGAUCAUGGUUUCACGUCAUCACAUGCCCUUCGUUAUGUCACCGUUGAUGAUUUGCAAAAGGUGGGCUUGCUUUGUGGAGAGCUUGCUGAGCUCAAGGAUGCAGUUGCCUGUUGGUGUGGUGAAUAG